UGAGCAACUGAUGGUGGUUAAAUUUCCCACUAAAUUAUUUAGUACUCAUUGUUAAGGAAAUUGUCUCAACUCCGAUACGAGGCGUCACCGACUGUCAUUCUGUCCCAAUUUGAUUGACUCUAGACUGUAUUCAAGAGCAACGACUAGAGGUUCAGAGAUGGCGAUGCGUGAUCUUGUAACCGGCGGGGCGGCAUGUGCUGUUCCUGGUUCUUCUUCAUCUUCAAACCCUCUCGGUGCUCUAGCCAAUAACCUUUUUGGUUCUUCUUCAAAAACUCAGGAAAGGCUGAGAGAAAUUCCUACAUUGUCAUCUACAACUUCUGAUGGUAACAUCUAUGCUGAUCCACGGAAUGCAUUACCUGUAUCAGAGUUUGACCAUCAGCUUCCACCUACUAUCCAUGGAUCAGAUUUCCUUAGGGGCUUUCACUCUGCUGAUCAGAAUAGACUGUCUGAUGCUUGGAAUGAGGUACAAAACAUACCUGGGAUGGAUCGCGUGUCAGAUUUUAAUGGACCUCUACAACCACAGUUGGAUGGACCACCUCAACGAGUUUUGACAAGUUUUCUGCAUCAAUUUGUUCAUAGCAGUCAAGCUGGCGUUCCUUUUCAUCCUAUGCCUCUUCCAGUUUUGGGUUUGUCACAAGGUGACAAACAAUGCAUACGUGAUCGUAGCAGCAUCAUGGCUCGACACUUCUUUGCAGAUAAAAGUGAAGAAUUCAUUAAUGCACAGGUUAAUGCACUAUUAUCAUCAUUGGAUAUUGAUGGAGAUGUUAGAGCUAGGGGCCCUAUGCCUGGGAGAUUCCGUGAAUUGGAGGGAUAUUGGAAUGAGUCUCAAGGUAUGCAGAGACCUGGCCAUCAGGCAGCUGAUGGUUGGGUUGACGAAUUUGCCCAACAACGAAUAGACCAUGGUGAUCCAAAUGCUUGGGCUUUGUCAUUUGAACGGCAGCAUGGUACUAAUGGCUGGGCUUCUGAAUUUGAUCGAGAACAAACUCAGAUCAUGUCGGUGAAUCAAAUGAGAGGUGCACAUAUCCCAAAUAUUGCUGCAUUGGAGCAGAGCCGCUUGCUGGCCCAUACAUUAGCUCAAAAUAAUGACCCAAAAUUCCAGAAUUCAAAAUUUCUUCAGUUUGUUUCAAAAAUGAGUCGUGGUGAUCUUGUCAUUGAGGAUAAUCAAGUCAAGCCAGCUGCAACAUCUUCAGGUGGGGAUUGGGCAUCAGAAUUUCAGCAACAACUUGAUAGUAAACAUACAUGGGCUGAUCAAUUCGUGCAUGGAGAGCUUUCUCGUGGUCCUGAAGGAUGGGCAAAUGAGUUUGCAGCUGAACGUGAACUUGGAACAGCUGAUGAUCAGUGGGUCAAUGAAUUUUCAAAACUGCGGGUGAAUGACUGGGCAGACGAAUUUGGCCGUCAAGUUGGGGAAGGGGUAUUGGGGGAUAAUGAUGGCUGGGUCAACUCAUAUGAUGAGUUUCUAAAUGAACAAAAAGCUUCCAAGGAGUAUUCUGAUAGGGGGGUUUAUGUGUUCUCUGACAUGAACCCAUAUGUGGGUCACGCCAAUCCUUUGAAAGAAGGUCAAGAUCUUUUCCGAAAAGGUCUUCUUAGUGAAGCUGUGCUUGCCUUAGAGGCUGAAGUGUUGAAAAACCCUAGCAACUCUGAAGGUUGGAGGUUGCUUGGAGUAGCCCAUGCUGAGAAUGAUGAUGAUCAACAGGCUAUUGCAUCCAUGAUGCGUGCACAUGAGGUUGAUCCAACAAACCUUGAAAUACUCCUCGCUCUUGGUGUCAGUCAUACAAAUGAGUUGGAACAAGCAGCAGCAUUAAAGUACUUGUAUGGUUGGUUACGCCAUCAUCCAAAAUACAGGUCGAUUACACCUACAGAGAUGUCUGAUUCCCUCUUCCACCCUGAUGUCACAAGAUUAUAUCACAAUGCUGCUCAAAUGUCUCCUGAAGACUCUGAUGUGCACAUAGUGCUUGGUGUAUUGUAUAACUUGUCUAGGGAGUUUGACAAAGCCAUUGAAUCAUUUCAGACUGCUAUAAAACUUAAGCCACAAGAUUACUCUCUGUGGAACAAGCUGGGUGCAACACAAGCCAAUAGCAUUCAAAGUGCUGAUGCUAUACUGGCUUAUCAACAGGCGCUAGAUCUGAAACCGAACUAUGUCCGCGCUUGGGCUAAUAUGGGUAUUAGUUAUGCCAACCAGGGCAUGUAUGAGGAUUCAAUCCGGUACUAUGUCAGGGCACUUGCAAUGAAUCCAAAGGCUGAUAACGCGUGGCAAUAUCUGAAAAUUUCUUUAAGUUGUGCUUCACGGAAUGAUAUGUUGGAAGCUUGCAACCAUAGGAAUAUUGAAGCUCUUCAAAAGGAAUUCCCACUUUGAGUAUGGAGGUAGUAACCUAUUAGUCGAAUUUAGAAUUAAAGAAGAAUACUGUGAGAUGAAAGUUACAAACAUGCAUUUGGACUACAAGUCUUUGUUCGUUUGGAAAAGGAAGAAAUAAAUAACUAUUGUCUUAGCCCAAGAAAAAUGCUUAUGAGAUACCAUUGCAAUCUCUGUUUUGUUGUUUCCA